GGGCUGGGACCGGGCGGCGGGGGCGGCCCGAGCGCUCCGCGCCCCUCAGGGAGGGCCUAUCAGUGUCCGUGGCCGGUCCUUCUUCACCACUGCCCUUCCGGACGCUCCGAGCUCCGGGCCCUGCCUACCUCCACUCUUGACAGCUCGGCUAACUUCUAUUCAUCCUUCAAAACCCGUGCCCGGUCGCCCCUUGGCCGCCUCCGCAGCCUGGCCUGCGGCGCAGGGUCGGCGCAGCGUGUUGACCCCCGGUGCCGGCCAGACCCCCGCGGGGCUGGGCGCGGCGCAGGCGGUCGGGCCGCGUUAGCCGAGCGAGCCUGUCCGGUCCUUUCCGUCUGUGCCCGCCGCCCGGGCCGCGACUCCCCAGCGCUGGCGGCCGCGGGCCACGCCGUGGGCGGGAGGUCCUGCCCUCCUGCGGCCGCCGGCGGCUCGCGGCGCCGCUGCCCCGCCCGGGGGCCCUGUGCCCGGCGCCCCGGCCUCCCCCUCGUGCUCGGGUCCCCGCCCCCAGCACGAAACAUGUCCGUCUCGGUCCCGUUUGCUUAGCAAGCCGGAGGGCCGCGAGCCCUGCCCGCGGAGCUUGCGAGGUGCCCAGUGGCGCCGGCUCUCGGCCGGGCCGCUCUUUUCCUCGAGUCCCCUUCGGCCUCCUCGCCGGCCCGUUGCGCUGGCUCUGUUGGGUCCUUCCCCGGGGCUUCUCGAAGCCGCCUCUGCCCCCUGGCCGCCUCCUGAGCUUUGCUCCGCCUCCCCUGGCGGCUCAGGUCCCCGGGGGCGGGCACCCCCAAGCCCACCGCCGCUCUGCUCUGCUCUGCUUUGCUUCUCUCCCUAGGACGUCUGGCCGCCUGACACCCGGUGUUUCCCCGAGCGCGGCCUGUCUGUCCCGGUGGGCCUGUGCGCCCAGGCCGCCGCUGACCUCGGGCCGGCCGCCGCUGACCUCGGGCCGGCCGCCGCUGACCUCGGGCCGGCCGCGGCGUUCCUGGUGCCCGCGGCGGGGCGGGAGAGAGAGAAAAAGAGAGCUUGCACGAGAGGACGGGAGGGUCUCAAGCAGACUCCGUCCGGAGCGCAGAGCCCGACACGACCCUCGAUGUUGCAACCCUGAGAUCAGGACCUGAGCGGAAAUCGCGUCGGAUGCUUAACUGACUGAGCCACCCAGGCGCCCCACUGUGGACCUCUUUUUAGGUAGUUUGUCCUCAAAGGACAGCAGAAAACUGUCUUCAAUGGCUUCCUUGGUGGCUUAUGAUGACUCGGAGUCAGAGGCUGAGACUGAGCCCGUGGGAAGUUUUAAUGUCUCUGGCCAGAAGAAAGACAGCUCUGAUGGGCUCCAACCUCCUGGGCAGGAUUUUGCAUCCAAAGCCCCGGAAGGGACAGCACUGCCUGCAAAGCAUGGUUCUUGUGAAGACCCAGCUGGCCAUCGUCUCCCACUGGUUCGGCUCUGGAGAAGUGACCCAGGAUCUUGUCCCAGCCAGCGGUUACAGUGGCCCAGGACGGAGCCUGAUGUCACCAUCCCUGCAGAUAAGCCUCCUCGAUCUUCCCUGUGGACCAGCCACACUCCAGCUGGCCAUGUGCCCCUGGCAGCUGCCCGUUUUAGGCCGGUGAAACUCUCCUGGGGGACUUACAGCUCCCCUGAACCAUCCUUUUGUGCCCAAACCAAAUCUGAAACCCCAGGUAAAAAUGGUAGCUCUCUUCAGAGGACCAGGUGUGAGGACUGUAUUGUGCCCUACACCCCAAAAAGACUACGGCAGUCACAGGCGUUAAGCACAGAAACUGGCAAGAGUAAAGAUGUUGCAGCCCAGGGUCCGUCUGCAGGGCGUGCCCCUGCUCCUCUCUGUGUGGCCCCCAGAGUGUCUGAGUUUAUUCAGCCGUAUUUGGACAGUCAGUAUAAAGAAACCACGAUUCCCAGGAAAGUGCUCUUCCACCUGAGAAGCCACAGGGGCCCCGUCAACAGCAUUCAGUGGUGUCCAGUCUUUGCUAAGAGUCACAUGCUUCUCUCGGCUUCCAUGGAUAAAACCUUCAAGGUGUGGAACGCUGUGGACUCAGGCCGCUGCCUGCAGACCUACUCCCUGCACAGCGAGGCGGUGCGGGCUGCCCGCUGGUCUCCCUGUGGCCAGCGCAUCCUCAGUGGUGGCUUCGACUUCGCCCUGCAUCUAACAGACCUUGAAACAGGAACCCAGGUCUUCAGUGGUCAGAGUGACUUUAGGAUCACUACCUUGAAAUUUCAUCCGAAAGACCACAGCCUUUUUGUGUGUGGAGGCUUCCACCCUGAAGUCAAAGCUUGGGAUAUAAGGACCGGCAAGGUCGUGAGAAGCUACAAGGCGACCAUCCAGCAGACCUUGGACAUCCUCUUCCUCCAGGAAGGCUCUGAGUUCCUGAGCAGCACGGAUGCUUCGAGCCGGGACUCUGCUGACCGCACCAUUAUUGCCUGGGACUUCCGGAGCUCUGCCAAAAUCUCCAACCAGAUUUUCCACGAGAGGUACACCUGUCCCAGCCUCGCUUUGCACCCCCGGGAGCCUGUGUUCCUGGCGCAGACCAAUGGCAACUAUCUGGCUCUCUUUUCUGCUGUGUGGCCCUACCGGAUGAGCAGGAGGCGGCGCUACGAAGGGCACAAGGUAGAAGGCUACUCGGUGGGCUGCGAGUGCUCCCCGGAUGGUGACCUGCUGGUGACAGGCAGCGCCGACGGCCGAGUCCUGCUGUACAGCUUUCGCACCGCCAGCCGGGCGCGCACGCUGCCAGGGCAUACCGAGGCUUGUGUGGGCGCCGCCUUCCACCCUGUACUGCCCUCCGUCCUCGCCACCUGCUCCUGGGAGGGCGACGUUAAGAUCUGGCACUGAGCCUCCUAGUACAGAGCCUUCUGGAUGCUGGCCAGCCCCCGGGCUUCCAUUGUUCCUCGGGGUGGGUGGGGGUGAGGAAGUGCUGACGUUGCCUCCGGUCAAACCUUCUGAGCCUUGGUUUCCACAUCUGUAAAAUGGGAACAGAGACGUGUUUGCCUCAGGGUUGCGAGGCCCGCAUUAGCGGAAGUGGCUGGCAGGUGGCUGUUCAAUAAAUGUGGGUGUCCGCUCUUUCUUAGGUUA